AUAUUGAAGAAAUCUCUGAUGAAUCAUUAAUGAUGAGAGUAUUAGAAUUAUAUAGCGGUAUUGGUGGUAUGCAUUAUGCACUUCAAGAAAGUGGGGUUGAAGGUAACAUUGUUGCAGCAGUUGAUAUAAAUACUAUUGCAAACAGUGUAUACAAACAUAAUUUUCCAAAUGUUUUACUUAUGAAUCGCAAUAUUCAAUCGCUUGUUGUGCAAGAAAUAAAUGAUUUAAGUAUAGAUACUAUAUUAAUGAGUCCUCCAUGCCAACCUUACACAAGGGUAGGACUUCAAAAAGACAUAUCAGAUAACAGAUCGUCUUCGUUGUCUUCUGUUCUUGAACUUAUUCCUCGAAUACAGUCACUAAAAUAUGUAUUACUUGAAAAUGUAAAAGGAUUUGAAAAGUCAGAGAUGAGAAAUACAGUGUUAAAAUGUAUGAAUGAUUGUAGGUUUCACUAUAAAGAAGUGAUUGUAAGUCCUUGUCAGUUUGGUAUUCCAAAUACCAGAUACAGAUAUUAUUUAUUGGCUAAAAGAAAGGACCAUAAGUUUUGUUUUGAUCAUUUCAUAUCAAAUUUUCAUCUACCAGAAGAUGUUUUAAAAGUACUACCAAAAAGUAAACACAAUCUAUUAGCAGAAAAAUAUUGUACAGAAAAUUCUAAGACAGAUAAAAAAUGUUACACAUUACAGAAUAUUUUGGAGAAUGUUGAAAAUACAGAAUAUAUAAUUUCUAAAAAAUUGUUACAAAAGAGAGCCUGGUUAAUGGAUAUAAGAACAUCACAAAGUAAUGGUUCUUGCUGUUUUACAAAAGCCUAUGGACGUUAUGUAGAAGGUACAGGAUCUGUAUAUUGUCCUUAUUCAGAAGAAGUUAUUAAAGAAACAUUUUUAAAAGCUCGUGAAUACAACUGUCAAUCAUCAGAAGUAGCAGAAAUUUUAGAAAAAUUAAAAUUACGAUAUUUUACACCCAGAGAGGUAUGCAGAUUAAUGUGCUUUCCAGAAGAGUUUACAUUUCCAGAGACUUUAACGUGUAAACAGAAGUACAGGUUGCUAGGUAAUUCAAUUAAUGUGCAUGUAGUUAGUAGAUUAAUAUUUUUAUUAUAUACUGAACAAAAAAUUAUAUGAGUUUGUCUACACAAAUAUAUUUCAUAUAUU